UUGUGAAAACCCGAAAACCUCCCUGAGUUAAGCAAGACAAUGUAUUUGUUAUAUAUCGGACUUUUUUCGCUUUUAUUUCUGCCUCAUGGUGCUUUUCCCAAAGAAGUGAAAAACGGGCAAAACGAACAGAUCACAUGUAAUACCAGACAAGAACAAGGCGCCUUUUGGUUCCGAGUGCAGGACGACGCAAAAUUCCAGUUCAUCGCGUAUUUAAGCUCUACGUCGAAAAAGAUCGAGAGCGACAAGUUCAGAGCGCACCAGAGUAGGCAUACUUUAACGCUCCAGAGAUUCGACAAAGCGAACGACAGUGGCCUGUACAGCUGCGUGUCGGUCAACAGAAACAAACUUCACUUCGGACAAGCCGUUCGGCUGUACGGAGAACCAGAUCCAGCGCCAACCUUCAAACCGAUCACAACAGUGGCAGAGCCCACGGGUGUCACGACUACACCUUGUGUAAGCAACAGUCAUGAAGUAAAAAAGAGUGAAAAAGCUUUCAGCGUGGGUUGUGAGUUCCAUAUCCUGGUACCGUUGGCAGCAGGCUGUGGUCUUCUUCUCAUUCUACUGAUCAUCACUAUUCUUUACUGUAAUAGACUCAGAACAAGAUGGUGCCCUCACCAUUGCAAAAGACGACCCCGAAACAGACCAGCAGGCCACACUCCUUUACCUAAUCAACAUGUCUUCUAGUCUCCCUGACAACAAAAACAAGAAGAUAAAAUUAUUUAAAGCAAGUAUGUAUACAUAUGUUAAAAACCAUGCUCAUUCUGAAUGAAGUCUCUUGGUCUUAUAUUCAUCCAAAAUAUUUUAUAUAAUUCGCCUAGUAACCAUUGAAGUUUUAAUUGUAAGAAUGUAUGUUUUGUUUUUGUUUUUUAACAUUUUUAUCAUUUUAGCCACUUCUGCCAAUAUAGCCAUUUUAACAAUGCUACAUUUGCCUCGAAUUAUUUCUAAUAACAUGCUUUACUGGAUUUUAUCUUGCAAUCUAAAAAUGGGUCAUUCUCUUGUUGUGGUCUUUGUCUCACACAAUUCAAGAAGCAUCUACUUGUAAAAAUUGCUGAAACAUGGGAUCUGUUACAGGUAAAGGGAUCCAGCAAAAUGUUCUUGUUUCUGUUUCUCUGCAUAUGGAGCCGCUGUGGUAUUGUGAAUAAAUAAUGCAAAAGAAAGUUUUCUUCUCUUUUCGCAUCUCUGAAUUCAUUUGAUAAAAACUUGCUGAGUGGUUGCCAAAUGCAGUUUUUUUAAAGAAAAGCAUUUAUACCCUUUGUUUUGCUGUCCUAGUCCAGUCCAUGCAGACUAACUCGAGCUGAAGAUCAAGGUGAAUGAAAGGUGAAAAAUAGCAGGUCUAAACAGUUUUGCCAGAAGUACCUGUACUACAAAAGAAAAAGUUAUUUGUAAAAGUCAAAGCAACACAAAUGAAUUCACAGCACAAUUUCCCAUCAAAAUACAGUACAUUUCUUUUGAGCUGUUGAGCCGCCAUUUGUUGCGCCUUUUUUUCUCUCAAAAAAUAAUUUCAAAUAUUUACUUGUUCUUUUUUCCUCUCCUUUUUUAUGAACUCCUGAAAUGAGACACCACACACCACACCAUCUCAACUAAAUGUUUCACAAACACAAGACUACACAUUAAAAGGGAACUAUUGGAAAAUAAAGCUGUUGAAAUAAACCACCCCAUCCGCACUGUGCACGCUGGUCUUUUGUCCCAGUCAUACCCAUACACAGAUACCCCUAAACCAAACGUAGUACUAAACCUCACAAGCGAGCCUUGUGGUCUUUAAAGCAAGUGCAGAAAUACACACGUGCACACACCUCUAUGCACAGCUGCUUUGGGUUCAGAAAGAAAAAAAAAAGCAUGGUGGAUGCCCUGCCCUAAAAAACAUUCAAAACUAAGUGUCUUUCUGGCAUGAACACUGUAGACUACAAGACCUUGUGAAAACUCUAGUUCUGCACCUUUACUGCCUGCAUUUGGCUCUUCUCUCUGUAGCAUAAGUCAAGUCAUACAAAGCAAAGUUCCAAUCUGGUCUUCAGACAUGCAAACAUAACUUUUUCGGGGGUGCUGCAAUGGGGAGGAGGUGGCAGAGUGUUCAGGAAGACUUUGGCAGGUCCUGGUACUGGUCCUGGUCGGGAAAGGGGAUCAUCAAAAUCAAGAACACAUCUGUCAUUUGUUUCUUGUUUCCAACAUGUAGCAGAUGUAACCAGUGCGGACUGCCAUUAAACCUCUCUGCAACCUUCAAAAACACUGACUUAUAACCGGAUAUUUAGAAUAUAUGCAGAGCAUCAUCUAUCCAUCUUCAUUUGGGUUUUUAGUCAAAAUAAAACACCGCUCCAGACUCUGGGUUUUACUGUCAAUUGUUUUCUGACAUAUCAGACACAAAAAAUACCAGACAUUUCCAUCCUUUUUAAAAUUUUUAAUUUUUUUAACCCGAAAAAAUCCCUCCUCCAUAACACUGUCCCUGGGUUAGAAUAGAAGCAUUGCACUUGGAAAGAAAGGCACUAUGUUAUAAAGGUGAUCUCACCAUGACAGGAAGACUAAAUCUAUCUUGAUCAUUUUGGUAAAACAAAAUGUGCAGCUGAGGGUAAAGCAUGAUGCCUUGUUUGUGGAAGGCUGCUCAGACUGAAAGUGCAUUCCAGAUUUAGACAUUACAGCCCACUAUGCAAUACAUGUAUCUGCGAACAAGGUUUGUCUGGCCUUGUCAAUAUGCGAAACAUAUAGCCUAGUGUCAGUUCAGACGAAAAUGAAACAAACAUGUAUACUUGGUAUGCCACAUCCUACUCAAGCUACUGAAGUGUAUAACAGUAACUGUUUAUAACAUGUAGCUAUAGUCCAAUGUCAAGUGGUCUUACAAGGUUGAGACUUGCUAACCACAUGACAGCUUCACUGAUGCUGAGUGGAGCUUCAUCUGACUGUGGGGCUUGCCAGUAAUCUCUUUCACUCCUACCACUUCACGUUUGGCACUAAAGCACAGGAACCGGUGUAUCGAGAGCCACUCUGCAGGCAACAGCCAUAGAAAACCAAGAUAGACCUUCAGAAACAAUACACAGGAAAGCUCUUCUGCACAAAUAUCUUUAAAAACGCAGUCAGUCAUAAAGAACCACAGCAAAGUUAUCAUAUAUUUAAAAAAAAAAAAAAA